AUGGAGGAUCAAGACGUUGAAACAGACGUGUCAUCCUCAACAUCAACAAAAGCAGAAAUUGUCAGCGGAAAGGAACCUCAUCAGCCUGCAGCUCAAACUGGGCCCAAAGCUGGAGACAUAACAACAAAAACUGGAAAGAACAGAGAAGAAAACGAUGAUGAUGUUGGUGUACAACAACAAGAUGAUAGUACCAAAAAAGAGAAACUUGCACUGAAAGAUAAUAAGUUAGUUGCUCUGGCUGGAGAUGAACAUGUACAUGACGAUGGGGCUUCAAAGUUGCAUACUGAUAAGCAAGAAGUGAAGAUUGCUAAUGAAAAGGAAAUAGAACUGGAAAAGAAAACGCCACUUGAAGAAGAUAAAGAUCUUUCUAAAAAUGAGGCCUGGUCAUGGAAAGGUUUGAGUUUGUGGGGGACAUCUAUGAUCAAUGAGGCAGCCAGUUCUGUUACCACAUUCACUACACAAGUUGGUCAGUAUUCAGACCUAGGUUACAAAUGUAAAGAAGCUAAAAAAGAUUUAGAAAGCAAAGAACCAAUAACAGACCAGAAAGGGAUUGAUCCGACUUUGGACUGCAAGGCACUAAACAGCAAAGACAACGAACCAGACAGUGUGAUGAGCAGGGGUGAUGAUGACACCAAGGAUAAGUGCAACAGCAAUCAGGAUGCUGAUGCUGAAGAACUGGAGAAGAAGGAAGAUGCUGGUGGUUCUUUGACCUCAUCCUUGUGGUCAAGUCUGACAACUGUGGUUAACAAAACCACAUCUGCAGUUCAAAGGACCACAAAUGUUGUGGUCCACAGCGGCCUGGAUGUGCUGGAGACCAUUGGCAAGAAGACGUACGACGUGCUGACGGAAGGUGAUCAUGGCUUGAAGCAAGUUAUCAGGAAAAACAGGGAGAAUAAACAGAUGCCUGAUCUCUCAUUGGCCUUGAAGGAAGCCAGGAAGAUAGCAGAGAUGAAAAUGAAAGAGGAGGAAUCCUUACUCGAAUCCAAAAAGUAUCAUUACGGGUACUGGUUUGAUGAGUACCAAGGUUUGGUGCAGUUGGAAGCGUUUGAACUUCUCUGCCGGGAGAACGAAAUAAAAUCUCGUGAGGUGUACGAUGGCGCCAGCAGGGAUGAUCUGCCGGCAUUGAAGAGCAAGUUGUCAGAGCUCAACAGCAUUUUCAAGAAAAUCAUGGAUGGUAGUGACGAUGAUGAUGAGGAGGAGGAAGACGAAGAUGAUGAAGAUCACAGUGGACGUGCCGACGCUGAAAGUGUUUCAUUUCAUGAUUUUCAUCAUCUUUUGGUGGAAUAUGCUUCCAGGUUACCCUUCAACAUAAGUCUCCAUAGGCUGGUUGAGUGUCAUGAAGAAACAAAGAAGUGGUUGGAUGAGAAUGAGAAGUCCCCUGAUAUGAAAUCUACUGAUGCCAAGGAGAUAUUAAAGAAAGCAAUGCAGUGCUUGGCCAAGAUAACAGCUUCAUCCAUCUACCACUAUCACAAAUUGGCCCAGAUCAUCAUGAGGUCGUUGGCAGAUGAAUCGUCAUUAUCAGAUUCAUCUGCAGCCGCAUCUUCAUCUCCAUCUUCAUCACCAAAUGUUGCUACAGUUAAUCCGUUUGCCAAUGUUUCUGCUUUGGAGACUGCUUCGAUAAUCGUUUGCUUUUCGAAAGUUUUGAGAAAAGAGCUAACAAUUACAGCUGCUAAAUUUGUCUCCAUUCUUGGCUCUCACCACAUCCUGGCAUCCGAGGAAGCAGCUGGAGGUGCUUCAACUUCUCCUGCUGCCACAGCCGACGACUACAUAACAUCAGUGUACCUGGAGGCAGGCAACAGUCGCAACUUCGUCAGGAAAUCUCUCAAAUUGCUCCUACCUGCUCUACAGAUCGCAGUCAUGCACUGA